AUCGUAAUCUGUGUCCAAGAUCAUAAUUUGUUAAUUAACUUAGUUUGAUAACGACAUAACCUUUAUAUAUAUAAUUUAAUGUUUUUAUUUAGGAUCUCGUGUUACCAGCCGUGCUUAACCUAAAGUUUAAGGUUACACUUUUAAAACUCAAAAGAGUUAACGGAUAUAAUUGUUAUGUCUCAUUUUAAUUCUAGUAUUUUUUAAUAUUGACAUUGUGUGCUUAAAAAUUUAAUAAUAAUCACAUGUGUAUUUCUUACAGUUGCAUUUUUAUAUUUGUGCUUUUAUUCUAACUUGAUCAUUAAAGUUAAAGAAAAUAAAUGAGCGCCGAAUUUGUUGAAGGAUGGUCAAUAGCACAAACUUUGGGAGAAGGAACAUUCGGAGAGGUGAAGCUUUUGAUAAAUCGAAAUACAAAUAGUACUGUGGCUAUGAAAGUGAUAGAUUUAAAAAAUUAUCCUGAUGCCAUAUCAAUGGUAAAAAAAGAAGCAACUAUACACUGUCGUUUAAAACAUCCUAGUAUUAUUAAAUAUUUUGGACAAAGAUAUAGUAAGGAUAAUUUUUACAUAUUUUUAGAAUAUGCUUCUGGAGGAGAGUUAUUUGAUAGAAUAGAACCAGAUGUUGGGAUGCCACAGUCUGAUGCACAAAAACUAUUUAAAGAAUUAAUUGAUGGUGUAGACUAUUUACAUAAUAAUGGUAUUGCACAUAGAGACUUAAAACCAGAAAAUUUAUUAUUAGAUGAACAUGGCAAUUUAAAAAUCAGUGAUUUUGGACUUGCAACAAUGUUUAUGUGUAAUGGAAAACGCCGAAAACUUGAAAAUAGCUGUGGUACUCGUCCAUACUUAGCACCAGAAGUUUUGUCACAUUGUCCAUAUCAAGCUGAACCUUCUGAUCUAUGGUCAUGUGGUAUAAUUCUUGUCUCAAUGCUAGCUGGAGAAUUACCAUGGGAAACACCUUCUGAUGAUGAAGUUGAGUACAAGAUAUGGAAAACAACUGAUUAUGCUAAUCAUUCACCUUGGUGUAAAUUGGAUACAUUAGCUUUAUCACUAGUUAGAAAAAUAUUGAUACCUACACCUUCACGUCGAUAUGAUAUAUCCAAAAUAUGCUCUCAUCGCUGGUUCAAAAAAUCAAAAUCGAAUGUUGAUAAGUUUAAUAUGCCUAAAUAUUGUGACAAUGAUUUUGAUGAAGCACGCCCUUGUUAUUCACAACCUGCCCCAGCAGCUAAUAGUUAUCCAACUGUAUCUAUUCUACCAAAUGAAUCUGAAAUUUAUUCAUUUUCUCAACCUACUCAAGUUGAAGAUUUAUUAUUAUCAUCACAACUAUUAUCAUCACAGCCAGUUACAACAGUAACAAAUAACUCAAUUCAAAAAUUAGUUAGAAGAAUGACUAGGUUUAUUGUAGUGUUAUCACCAGAAGAAGCAAUAGCUAAAUUGUCUCAAUUUCUCGACAAUUUAGGAUAUACAUGGAAAAUUAACUCAUCUAGUUUGGUAACUAUAAUCACUGCUGAUCAAAGAUUAGUAUUUAAAUCGAAUAUAAUUCCAAUGCAGAAUCAAACAUUAAUUGAUUUUCGACUCUCAAGAGGUUGUGGACUUGAGUUUAAAAGACAUUUUGUUGCUAUAAAAAAUUCAAUGUCAAAAAUUAUAUCAAAAGGACCUUUGAUGUGGCCAGUUGCAAUUGCCACUAAUUCUGUACCAUACAUUUAAAAGUAAUUAAAUUAUGUAAACAUAUUUAAUUUAUUUUGGCUUAGUGAAUGCUCUCAUCAAUAAAAACUAAAUAUUUUAAAAGAAUUAAAAAGACUGAAAAUAAAUAAAUAUUUGUAUUAUAAAAGGUUUUAUUGAUCACUUUUUAUUAAAAACUUGUGAAAUACAUUAAUACUCUUUAAACAUGUUACCUAAUUUUUAUUAAUUAUUUUAUAAAUUUUAAUUAUAAGUUAUUAAAUAGUGUUCUUA